AUGGCCGAAGAGGAAAAGGAAACGCCCAAGGGCCUGGGCGAGGUUGUCGAGCCCAUCGAGGACUCUGGUUCCGAUACUGGAUCUCCCCAGGCCGCAGCAAAAGGCGGCUCCAAGGUCGCGACGGAGAAAGAUCCCAAGACUGGCCGUGCCCUUCACUUUGUGACGAAGCGUGACAUUGACGACACGACGCUGUGGUACAAUCAGCACAAGGCCUCUGCCCGCGCCCUCUCCCCCGAAGAGGCCACAAAGGUAACGCGCAAGAACUUUUGGUUCCUCCUGAUGCAGACAUGGUGGGUUGCCUUUUUGAUCCAUCUGGACAAGUCGACGCUCUCCCAGGCCAGCACCAUGGGCAUCUUUAAAGAUGUGCACAUCGACAAGAACCAGUUCAACCACCUAUUUGUAAUUUUCUUUGCCGGCUACCUGAUUGCACUCUGGCCCGGCGCUGCUCUGGCGCAGCGCGUCGGUCAGAAGCAGUUCAUUGUUGGCUCCCUGGCCAUCUGGGCUCUGCUUCUGGGAAUGCACCCGCUUGCCAAGAGCUACUCGCAUCUGAUCGCGCUCCGAUUUCUUCUUGGCAUGGCCGAGUCCCAGAUUGUGCCGUCGACGACAGUCCUGCAUCAGGCCUUCUUCCCACCCAAGAAGAGUCCUUGGGUCCAGCUGCUGUGGUGGGCGUCGGGCAGCUUUGCCAAUGUUCUCCUCACCAUGGUGUCUUACAGGCUCAUCCUCGAUGACAACCACCACUCUCUUGCUGGUAACCUAAGCUCGUGGAAGUGGAUGCACAUCAUCUGCGUCAUCCUAACUUUCAUUGUCGUCAUUCCGCUGGCCAUCUUCCUGCCCAACUCACCGGUCGAGGCCAAAUGGCUGACAGUGGAUGAAAAGAUACAUACGAUUGAUAUGAUUCGGGCCACACAUGCUGGCAUCAGCAACAAGACGUUCAAGUUGUCACAGGUUCGCGAGUGCUUCACCGACCCCAAGAGUUGGCUCUUCAUCCUCCACAUGUUCUUCAACGAGCUGCCCAACAACACUUCACAGCAGCUUCCUCUCAUUCUCGUUGGUUUCGGCUUCACUCCUGCGCAGAGUGCCUUGUUCAACAUUGCCAAGCCCCUGUGGGGUUCGUUCUUGAUUAUCGUGUCGGCGGCGAUGCUGUACUCGACGGAUCUCGGCGUGGGCUACACCUGUGCCAUCUCAUACAUUCCUUGCUUCGUCGGAGGAUUGAUUAUGCUGACUGCGCCGUGGUCUAACAAGAUUGCGCUCGUGGUUGGUACGCAGAUUUCGACUUUUAAGCCAUCUUACCUGCUUGGCCUCUCGUGGGCUGGCACGACGACGAUUGGCUACACAAAGAAGCUCUAUGUCAUGUCUACCUGCAUUGUGGCUGCUUCAGUCGCCAACAUGAUUUCACCCGAAUUUUGGCAGAGCAAGUAUAAGCCUCGCUACACUCUACCUUGGGCUUUCAUGACGGCUUUCUGGUUCAUUUCUCCAAUCAUGUGUCUCAUUAUUCGUUUCUACCUGGUGCACGAGAACAAGAAGCGUGCCGCUAUACUUGCAGAUCGAGGCAUCGACAGCGACAAUGACGUUCUCGAAGUCGGCAGCGAGAUUAUGCACCUGAAGGACGACGAUCUCGAUCUGACUGACCGCCAAAAUCUGCGUUUCGUAUACCCUCUGUAG